GGGGAGGUCUUGCUCCUCUGUCAAUCUGGGCGAAAAGGGCGGGUGCUUCCGCCGCCAUGUUUCCCGUCUGAAGAGGAGCCUGGAGACGGCGGUGGCGGCGGCGGGAAGAGCGGCCACACGGAGGCUUUGUGUUGGAAUCAAUUGACCUUAAAAAUGGAACAAAGCUGGAGAAGAAAGCAACCAGAGAUCUAUACAGUGUGGUAGUGCUAACAUUGAUGUGGAUUUGACGGGUACUCAAUCUAGCUGAGGUGCUGCUGCCGAAUUGACCCAAAUCGAGGUUAAUAACCAAGCCAAAGUGGAUUUGCCGAAUGAAGUCGGCCUUCCCCUCGCCGUCUCUGGGAAGGGGUCGGGCGGUGUUGGGGUUGGCGACGGUGAAGAGGAUGGCUCUGCCCCGAGUCCGCAGAGUGAAGCGGUCACUAAUGAACUGCAAGAGCUCACGCUGCAGUCAAGCAACGGCCUUUCCCCUUUGAACAAGAGGAAAAAUGAGCACUUAUGUGAAACGGGCCCUCAGAUGGAAGGGCAGGAGACCGAGGGGCGAACUUCCCCAUGCCUUAGACGCCUGUGCCACUCCACGUUCAGCCAACAGGAGGAGAGGUUGCUGCAAGUGCUGCAACUGAAGCUUCAGCAGCGGAGGACACGUGAAGAGUUGGCCAGCCAGGGAAUCAUGCCACCUCUGAAGAGUCCUGCUGCAUUUCACGAGCAGAGGAGGAGCUUGGAGAGGGCACGGACUGAAGACUACUUAAAGAGAAAGAUACGAUUACGUCCUGAGAGAGCAGAGUUGGUCAGAAUGCACAUACUCGAAGAGACUUCGGCAGAGCCGUCCCUACAAGCCACGCAGAUGAAGCUGAAGCGGGCAAGGCUGGCCGAUGAUCUGAAUGAGAAGAUUGCGCAGCGCCCCGGUCCCAUGGAGUUGGUGGAGAAGAACAUACUGCCUGUGGACUCCAGUGUCAAAGAGGCCAUCAUAGAUAACCAUGUGCCCUACACUGCACUGGCGGACAACUCGUCGUUUGAUGAAGACAGCAGUGACGCCCUUUCACCAGAGCAGCCAGGUAGCCAGGACUCACUGGGGUCCUUGCCAUCCCCCACAGAAGCAAGACCCGUUGAUCAGCACCACCCUCUCCCCACUUCUCCAACCCAGUAUCUUGUAUCGUUGCCAACUGGAACAGAAUUGAACAGGUUCAAGCCAGUGUCCGACCAGCAGAUUGCAAAAUUGGUCAACGGUGUGCCAUCUCUCAUCACCAAACCUGCGCCAACGCUCAUUAAACAAAGUCAGCCGAAAUCGGCACGAGACAAGAACCUGCGGAACAAGAAGCUGAAGGAGCCAAAGUCACGGGUGAAGAAGCUGAAGUACCACCAGUACAUGCCGCCGGACCAGAAGCUGGAGAAGGCCACCCUGCCACUGGACACUGCCUACUCCAAACUCCUGCAGCAACAACAGCUCUUCCUCCAGCUGCAGAUACUGUGCCAGCAGCAGCAGCAUUACAACUAUCAGACCAUCCUCCCCGCACCACCAAAACAGAACAGUGAUCACCACACAAGCAGUGGUCUUACAGCCAUGAGGCCUCUGACCAACAGCAUCUCCUCGUCGGGAUCAGGGGGUAUGCUGAGACAGAACAGCUGCAUGGCUGUCAUCAAACCUCCAGCGUCUCUGCCCCCAAACCUCGAUGACCUGAAGGUAGCUGAGCUGAAGCAGGAGCUGAAGCUGCGUGCCUUGCCCGUGUCGGGGACCAAGACGGACCUCAUUGAGCGGCUGAGGAACUACCAGGAGCAGAUGAAGGCGGCAGCGGCCCAGGUCCCCACCGCGGGGCCCCUGGUCAGCAAGGCCGGCCCUCUCGCCCCCAGACCCGCCGAGGUGCUGGUGACCUUCGGGCCUCCCCGCUGUGGCAGCGCCCCGUCCAUUGUGGCCAGCGUGGCCCCCGCAGACGUGCCUGCCGCGGUGCCUGGCGUCCCCGGCACGGUCAAACCGGGCGCCGCCACGCCCACCCCUCCGGUGUCGCCCGCUCCCUCGGACCGCUCGGUACAGAGCAUGGAGGAGAACGAGGUGCCGGCUCAGCUGCCCCUGCCCCUGCCCCUGCCCAUGCCCUCGCCCAUGCAGGUGGUCUGCAAGGAGGAGCCCGCCAACGGCCCGCCGAGCUGCGGCAACCUCCGGCGCGGGGGCGCGGAGCCGGGCAAGGACACGCAGGCCGCCAUCAAGGACCUGAUGCUGCAGGAGAAGGACAAGCAGAUCGAGGAGCUGACCAGGAUGCUGAGGCAGAAACAGCAGCUGGUCGAGGCUCUGCGACACCAGCUCGACCAGGAGAAACACACCCUGCCGCCGCCGCCGCAGCAACCGUCGCCCCCUCCGGCCACCGACCCGCCCGGCCCACCCACCGUCAAGCAAGAACACCCGCCCUCUAGUUGCCUCCUCUCGGGCAAGCCCGGCCCGCACCCCUACCAGGCCAACCUGCCGCCGCCGGUGACGACGGUGAUGGUGAAGCAGGAGGGCUGUGUGGGAGCGGCGCCCACCCUCCUGCUGACCGCCUCCCAGCCGAGCCGGCUGACCACGGGCACGCUGAGGACGGUCUCGCAGACCCCCGCCCCGGGACUGCUGACCAACGGCACGGGCACCCACCUCCUCCUCACCGUGGCCCCGCAGUGUGUCUCACCCCCAGCCAGCACCGUCAACGAACAGCCGGCCACGCAGGCAGUGACGCCUUGCCCAUCGCCAGAGCAGACACAGCAACCAGCCCCCACCUCCCCGUCAAAGCCACAGCCCCACACAGGAAUGAUGACCCAGACAGGAAAGAAGGAGCAGAAGGUGGGCCUGCAGCUGAUCACUGGGACAUCCGGCGCUGUGCUGUCAUAUGCCUUCACACCUCAAACCCUGCCGUCGUUCUUUGUAAACAAUGUGACGGAGAGCUCGCUACAGACUCGGGUGAAUAACGGAUCCACCUCCCCACACAAGGAAAUCUCCAGGAGCCAAGAGAUGGACGAUUUGUUCGAUAUCCUCAUUGAAAGUGGAGAGAUUUCAGUCAAUGCCAAGGACAUUACCGCCACUUUAGACCUGCCGUCUCCUCCGAGUGUGUCUCCCACGCUAACCAUGUCCCCGCCGCUCUCUGUUCUCAAAGUGGAGCCACCGUCUCCUCAGUUGCUGCUGGAGCCCAUCACCGACAGUCAGUCGGAGAGCCGGCUGGAGGACUUUCUCGUCAGCACGACCGGGGUGCCGUUGUUAUCCGUGGACCAUGACGGCACUCAGCCUCUCUCGCUGAUCGACGAUCUACACAACCAAAUGCUGAGCAGCUCCAGUAUACUGGAGCACUCGCACUCUCCCAUGGACACCUCGGACUUGCACUUCACCACCGACACCACCAGCCUGACCCUGGACCUUGCCGACACUAACUUGGACAACAUGGAGUGGCUGGACCUCACUAUGGGCGGCUCCUCGGUGGGUCUCGCUCCCUUGAGCUCCGUGACCCCCAGCGUCUUCUCCACUGACUUCCUAGACGGUCACGACUUGCAUUUACACUGGGAUUAACGUCAACAGCCAAAACGUUGUGGGCAACCCUUCGCAAAGCCCCCUCGGUCAGCGUGGGACUUUGGCGGGGGGGGGAGGGGGGGGCUGGUCUGAAUCGGGGAGAGAGUGUCCUCCAGCGUGGCUCUCCGUCGUCACUAUAACUGAGCGGAAGCGAGCCAAGAACGCACGUCCUUUCCGCCAAGGAUCAGAGGGCCUUCCCUGUGCAAGAGUCGCGGGCAAAUACAGGCUGGAGCUCGUGGCUGUAUCUCUUGAGCCCAAGCAGUGCUGCUGAUGGAACCGAGUCCAAAAUCAGAGGAUGGACUUUAUUAAAUUUGACCCAAACAAAAUGGAGACGUUGAUCUGUGGUCUUCACCAGGCUUCUGGGUUGGUCUUGUGGUGAGAGGGUUUACAGCCUCAGCACGUUCUGUCUCUCAGAUUUUCCGUUGCCAAGCCUGUCCCUUUGCACUGAUUUGGGGCAAGUACAAGUUUUCAAGACAGGAACCCAAAGGUACAGUAACUGAGUAGGGGAAUGGAAAGCCAGCACUCAUCCCCGCCACCAGCCCGGCCCCCGUUCAGUCCAAGUCUGAAUGUCAUCGCGGUCUGCCUCCAGAGCCUAGUCCUGCUCUAAGAUCACGAAAUGAGACUUGUGUUCGCGACCGGCUCGGAUUGUAACCGCAAUGUUUUGGCUUUGUUGUGAAAUCAUUUCUUGCCCCAGCUAUCUGGAAGUGUCUGCUUCAGUCUGCGGAGAGGAGCUGAACUUUAGCCCUGGACAGCCUUCACCAAGCCCUCCUUACGUGCCAUUUGUUCUCAGCCCAGACGUGGAGUUGGAUUAUUGGAGCCGGCUGGCGGGUGUUGUCCCAAGGAUAGCGGCAAUUUAGCCCAAAGGUCAGACACCACCAACGUCCACUCUGCCCACUACAUAUCCAGGAUCGAAAACCAAGAAAUCCCAGCUUAAAGAGGAAAGUGUCAGGACAAUCCCAGUGCAAUCUUUGUGGUGUUGACACCAGAUGAACUAAGCUGGGGCUGUCGAAUAUUGACCUUCGACCGCCAACCGAGUCAGGUGCAACACCUCUGCGGUCCCCCUGGUUUGUGGGCGCGGGGCUGUCCGUCCGGUUUCUCCUUCCCUCGGCGGCCCAAGCUGUGCGGCCUGUGCGAGGGGUUCCUCAGCCUCCCACAAGCCCCACCCUUCACAUACUGCGAAGGGAGUCUGAGAAGCCGAGGGUUCGAUGCCGGAAAGGGGCCAUGAAUUAACGCAGUAUUUCUUAAAAGAAAACACACAAAAAAAGGCGUUUUUAAAUCCACGGCAGGAAGAAGAGAUUGUCCUUCCUGCCAGCUACAUUAAGAAUUGUUUUUUUUUAACUGUAAAGUUACAAUCAUUAAGAAUGUAAAAUUGCAUACUGUAAUAUGUGCACUAUAAGUCAUAUCUGUGUAUAGGUUGCAUAGCUACCUACAGCUAUGUUAUAUAAAUCACGACAAUAUAACACUGGUGUACAGGGCCCACUUUUGAAUACAAGCCUUGAAAAUGACUACUUUGCCCAGCCUAGUGGAUUAGCAGUUUGACGUAUGCCUCAGUGGCUUGUGGUACAGAGCUUGUGUGACUCACCAGUGUUGUCUGCAUCUCAUGCCUUGAGAAGUAGCACGACCAAGCUAAUGCAUUUCCAUUUCAUUGAUGGCUGAGAGUGGGACAGCAUUAACUUUGGGGCAAGGAAGGAUUGUGUGCUUGGUUUCUGGGAGAUUAACACUAAGCUGAAGGCAUCUUAUGAGGAACAAGUUUGGACACAAUGACAGAAGGGUGGAAGUUGCCUUGAAUUCUUUGUUUCUUUCACAUUAAAUUAUAGUUACCGGG